AGACAGCUAAAAGCCCAGCAGCAGAGGGGACCAGCUUCCCAGGAGCUCACAGCCUUGAAGACAGAGAACGCUAAUGCCACUCUCUUGCCUGAGGAUGGGAAGGAGAAGGCAGCGCUGCAAGAGGAGAGGACAGAGAGCACAAGACUCCUCCAAGGCCAGGAGGAGGAUGAGGAGGAGCGGCUGCGGGAUGCCAGCCAGGCAGGCACUAAGGGAAUCACCCGGGAUGGUGACAUCCAGGUGGAAGAGGGAAAAGACCUGGAGCUGAAGGAGCAGUUUGAUGCCCUGAAGAGAGAGCACACAGAGACCCUGCAAGAGCUCCAGAGAGCACAUGAGCAGGAGAAGCUGCUGCUGGCAGAGUCCCACCACAGGUCCCAGGCGGCCUUACAGGAGACGAUCCAGGCACUGAAUUCCCAGCUGAAGUCCUUCCAGGAGAGGAUGAAGCGGGUGGAGGAGUCACUUAUGAGCACGGACUACAAGAAGCACAUAGAGGAACAUGGGAGCCCCAGCCCCUUCUGGGAGCAGGAGCUGGAGAGCCUGCACUUUGUCAUCGAGAUGAAGAACGAGCACAUCCAUGGGCUUUUUUUUUUAGACUGUGAAAGUGCAGCCGAGAGGAACCUUCUGCUGGAGGAGAAGGUGAAGACUCUCCAGCAGGAGAAUGAGGACCUGCAAGUUCGCACCCAGAACCACUUGGUCAUGGCGAGGCAGCUGUCAGAGGAGCUCCUGGCUGCCCGUGGAGCACUGGAGAAGGAGGCACAGCUCCGGGAGCAGGCGCACCGCGAGAAGGAGGAGCUGCUGUACCGUGUGCUCAGCGGAGGGGACGGCUCCCCAUUCCCCAUCGCUGCCGGCGAGGUGCCCCUCAUCGCCACAUAA